AGCUGCAUCGAACUCUAAAAUCAACACCAUCGCCUCGCCGUAAAGAGCAAAAACUGACCGGAAAACGCUAUCCUCUCCACAAAAUAGAGUCUCCGACGAACUCCACUCUUUCAUAAAGCAUCGUGAUUGACCAUAAAGACACUAAAACUCUGACUCACAGAUUGAAUUUUUGCAAUAAUGAAACUAAAUAAGAGACCAAUUAGGGAAAACAAGGAAAAAAUAAACAAGCUUCAUAUUGCUGAUGUUGAAACCAUGAACAGUGAUGAUAGAUUAGUUCAACAUUCUGAUUUGAAGGUAGUGCAGAUCAAAGGCUUCAAGAGGAAUAGAGAUUCUAGUAUUAAAGCAGCUUUGAGGCGUUGUAGAUCAAAAGAAGAUAAGAGAAAAAGAAGAAAGGAGGUUCUAGAAUCACCGGAAAAGACGAAACAAGAUCAUUGGGAUGAAUGUCCUGUCAUUUCUUGCGGAGAUGAUGAUUGCUCAAAUGGAAUGAAAAAAUGGAUCAAGGAAUACCAUCAAAGUAAACCAGGGUUGGAGGUAUUGCAAAAUCAAAUCGACGACUUUGUAACUGAUUACGAGGAAAAAUUGGAAGAGGAACGAAAAGCAAAAGAAGCCCUUGUUGCAGAAGGAGGAUGGACAGUGGUUCAACACCACAAGGGUAGGAAGAAAACAACUGAUUCUGAAAGUGGGAUUGUUGUGGGUUCAGUUGCUCAAGCUGCUGUGGAGAAUAAAUUGGCCAAAAAGAAACCUCAAGAAGUUGGUCUAGAUUUCUACCGCUUUCAAAAAAGAGAAGCUAUGAGAAAUGAACUAAUGGAGUUGCAGCUCAAAUUCGAGGAGGAUAAAAAACGUCUGCAACAGCUGAGAGCUGCCAGGAAAUUUAGACCUUAUUAAUUGAUGUUGAUAGCAACCAACGUUGAUGGUUCUUUUCUUUGGGAGAGGGGAUUAUAGUUAUGAUGAUCUGAAGAUGAGUUUUCCUAGAUUUAUCAUUCCAAUUUUGAGGAAAAUAUUUGUAAAUGUAAAUUUAAGUUGAAAAUAUUUGAAAAUUCCUAGGGAAGUCGUUAAUUUAAUUUGAUUUUUAGUGCUAGCAACACAAUUUCUAAUUGCGCUUAAAUAUUUGUCACCUUCUAUAAUGUAUUGCUGAUUUGAAUUUCUCACAUGGGUGGAGACAGUCCAGCUUAGAGCCUACA